CAAGAACUUGAGAAUGCGAAUAAGGAUAGUGAACCUAUAGCACUUCAAUGGCUCCAUUCAGUCAGGUAUCCGUCUGAAAUUAAAAUAGAUACGUGUAUAGCACAUGAUUUUCCUUCGGUUAUACCUGUAGAAUCUUUUGAAAAGCAUCAUAUUUCUGUUCUAACUAUAGGGCUACAAAGAGCACAGUCAAUCUUUAUGCUACUCCCUGAAAUGGAAAGUGAAACUGCUAUCAACCUACUUGCAGGCACACUUAGAUCUUUACACCUUGAGCAUCUGAUUCCCAAGGAAAGGAUGUUAGCACACUUUUAUCUCUCUAUAAAAAUACAUAAACUACCACUUUCUGCAACUAGAGGGAUUACGGGGGCUACAGCUUUCACCUUCCUAGGUGGAGCAGCCCUUGAGCUACAUCUUAUUCUUAAAAGUGGACUCAACUACCUGCUACGCACGACCUGGAAGGGCAAAUGCUUUAGAAUACUUAAUACUGACGAACUAUUGAUCCGUCUAUCUCAAUUAGGUACUGCUGCGAAGUCGUUCUAUGGAUUUGACUUCUCUUCCAUGUAUGAUAGAUUAAAACAUGAAUCCAUCCUGCAAAAUCUUACCUGGUUUUUUGCUGAAUGGUGGUCGGUUAAAGAAGAUAGUAAUAAUGUGGAGUAUCGUAUAGUUAAGGAAACAGCCUACAACUCAAAGAAAAAAGAAGUGUUUUAUUGCCUCAAAAAAACGGAGUCAUUAGACCUUAAAACUAAGAAAGCAAGCACAACAUAUACCUUCCAUGGAGUCAUUGACCUGCUUCAUAUGUGCAUUCGAUGCAAUCUCAUCCAUGUGUCUGAACUACUGUUCCUUCAAAUUAUAGGCAUACCACAAGGGUCUGGGGCCUCGCCGAUGGUUGCAGACAUAUGGUGCGCUACUCAUGAAGUUAGGUUCUGCCGUCAAAGGCCUGAGUUUAUCUUUCACGACACUGGGAGAUUUAUGGAUGACUUAAUAUCAUCAGUAGACCUUCCAGUGCAGGAAAUUUAUGGCUCACUGCCAAUAGACAGAACUUGCUUCAAUGCAGUAAGCACGUCGUUUCUAGAUUUGGAAGUGGCGACGGUGAAUAAUAGAGUUGUAUUCAAGUUGUUUGACAAAAGAAGAAGUUUCAACUUUCUAUUGCACAGGUUUACUCCUAAGGGUACAACUAUACCUAACGCUUCGCACUCCGCACACUUCAAAAGUGCACUUAUAAGAGCCUAUAGACUCAACUCUUUUUUACACUUUUUUUGCUAUGAUAUGACAGACUUGAUUGGUACUUUUUUGUUUAAUGGUACUUUUGCGAAAGACUACAUAAAAACAGCUCUAGUGAGAAUUACACAAAAAUACUUUACGGGUAAAUGGAUCUCAAAUAAGAACUUGUUUAUUGAUAGGCUCAAUGCAUUUGGUCUCAAUGUAAUGUCUGCGCUUACACCUACUAUAAUUAAUCGUAAAAGUUAAAAAGUUCUGUUUGCAAAACUUCUUAGACCUCACAGAAGUUUACAGCCGGAUUUAAAAGGAUCUCAAGUAUCCAUAAACCCCUCACACCUCUCAGAUACACAUAACUAUAACCUACAUAAUACUUAGUUAUAAAGAAGAGGG